GUUAUUUUUGCAUUGUGUUGUAGCUGCAGCUGGGUGCACGGUGGGUCGGUGGCAUGAAGCCGUAUUUAAAUAACUCGUGUCGUGUCUAGUCGGUCAUUUGGGAUGCUGGCAAACAAUCAGCAUAUACUAAACGCCGAAUGGGAAUAAAUGAAAAUUAAGUCUUAAAUGUCGCUUUGACACUAGCCGCCGCCGUUACCUACGUUUAAAUUUAUUUUCGUAUAGAUUAUUUGAUGAUUUAUUGCUAUGGUGAACUGUACAGUUCCUGUAACUAACCCUUUUUUUGGUUAGGUGUAAUAAUAACAUGCUAUUGUAAUAAUUUGGCAUUCGAUGGUUAAUUUUAUGUGCAUUGAAAAUGAUCGGAUUUGUUAUUAUUCUCACCUUACUGAGCGUAUCGCUGAGCCAAGACCCACAAGAAGAUUUGAUUGUGCAGUACGCGGCAGUAAUAUUUAGACAUGGCGACAGGAGCCCCGUAGACUUGUAUCCUACCGAUCCAUACAGAAAUGAAUCCUUGUGGCCGGUCAAGUUUGGCCAGCUGACGAACACCGGCAAGCGGCAACACUACGCCCUGGGCAAAUGGUUCAGGGAAAGGUAUGGGAAAAUGGUGUCUGCAACAUUUGAUCCCACUCAAGUUAGAGUGAGGUCUACUGAUGUAGAUCGCACAUUGAUGUCUGUAGAAGCUAAUUUAGCAGGAAUGUAUCCUCCUGUUGGAAAUUCUGUUUGGGAUGAUCAUCUAAUGUGGCAACCAAUACCCGUCCAUACCGUUCCUGAAAAAUUGGAUGAAGUUCUAGCUAUGGAACGAAAAUGUGCUACAUAUGACAAGGCGCUCGAAGAAUACAAAGAUUCUAAGGAAUAUAAGGAAAGACUAGCUAAAUAUCAAGACCUAAUGGAUUAUAUGACAGCGUAUACGGGCAUGAAGAUAAAGGAUUAUUACGAUAUCUUGAGUGUAUACUCUACCUUGUAUAUUGAGAGAUUGUAUAACUUCACACUACCAAAAUGGACUCAUAACGUGUAUCCUGACGAAAUGCGAGAGCCGGCCUGUUAUAGUUUUCGAAUUCCGACGAUGACUCCACUACUAGCGCGUCUGAAGGUCGGUCCCCUGAUCCAGGAGAUUGUGAUGAACAUGGCUAACACUUCUCUGACCUAUCCUGAGGGCUAUUCCAAAGCAGUAAAACUGGCAGUAUACAGUGGACACGAUAUCACUGUCGCGAGUGUUCUCAAUGCUCUGGGCAUGUUCGAUGGAAAGUGCCCUGUGUACACGUCUACUAUUCUCAUGGAGCUUUUGUAUUCUAAUGACACGAAGCAACAUUACAUCAGAAUAUCAUACAGGAAUUUCACUGACAUUGAAGACCCUCACGUACUGAAAAUACCAUACUGUGGAGAGGUUUGCAACUUUAGCAGAUUUGUAACACUUUACGAAAAACUACUAAAUAUUAAUUGGGACUUAGAGUGUGCUAACCAGUUUAGCCCCGUGAUCGGCAUUAUCGUGAUUUUCAGCUUCGGAUGCCUAGCGGCAUUGCUUCUGACGCAUAAAAUUAUCGCCCAGCCAAAGUUUAAGAGGCAUUUAGGGUAUUCAAACGUGAGUGCUGAUAUCAAGUGCCAGAAGAUUAUUGAGGCCUAGAUAGCUAAUAAAACUUUGCCAAUAGACAUUAAAAUGUGAAAAACUAUACAGUAAAACCAUACGGUUUACUAACUACACUAAAAGCCACUAGUCUAACCUAUUUAAAACAUGAAAUCAUUUUGGUUUUGCAUCGAGAGUAGAAUAAAUUAGAUAAAUAACUGUUAAUAAAA